ACACUGCGCUCAAGUAUAUGAUAAUAUUAUUCAUAAAAACUUUCUUAAAUAUAUAAAAUACACUAUCAUCUAUCUGAAGAGUGCAUAUGAAAUUUAAAGAGAAAAAAAGAAUCAAUCAUUUUUAUUGUAUUGCAAAGAUCAUAGGUGAUUUCGGAUACUGUCAGAUUACACAUAAUCUUGAAAUAUAAAUUAUGUACUUUGAACUAAAAUAUACUCUGUACACACAAACAGUCAAUAGCGAACAAUCGUGGCGUGAUUAUUCCACUAUUUUAGAACGAAUGUGAAAUGAUCUUAAUUACUCGGAGAAAGUUUAUUCGUAAUAUUAGGCAUAUUAUUAAAAUUAUUAUUUUAUGUUGGUUGAUUAAAUUAGUUUAUCGAAUUUUUAAUAGUGACAAAAUUUUAGAUAGUAUUGAAUUAAUUGAGAGCUGGGGAUAUCCAGCAGAGCAACACAAUCUCACAACAGAUGAUGGAUAUAUUUUAAAGACUUUUCGAAUACCAUGGAGUCCGCUGAAGUUGUCGAGGAGAAAUGAACAAAAACCAGUUGUUCUUAUACUAACUGGACUUGGAUCAACGUCAGAUAUUUGGUUGAUAAAUCCCAACCGAAGUUUAGCUAAACAACUUGCUGAUGAAGGCUAUGAUGUUUGGCUUGCAAAUUUUCGUGGUACUACUUAUGGACGUGAUCAUGUUACAUUGUCACCAAAUGACAAAAAAUUUUGGGACUUUAGUUUUCAUGAAAUUGGAUACUAUGAUGUUCCACGCACAAUUGAUUAUGUUUUAAAUGCAACCAAUCAAAGUUCAUUGAUAUGUGUUGCUUUGUCAAUGGGAACGACAUUAUCAUUCGUUACUUUAUCAGAACACCCAGAAUAUAAUUCCAAGAUUAAACUGGUUAUAGAAUCAGGAGCAAUUGCUGGAUUUUUUGAUAAACAGUUUAAGGAUAUGAGACCGAUUACUGUUUUUUCAACAGUUAUAAAUUUAAUUGAUCCCACUGGAACUUUUGAGAUGUCACUUCCAAAUUUAAUUAACAGUAUAUUAUUCGAAGAAUUUUGCGUCAACUUGAAUCUUGUGGAUUACUGUUUACUUCCAUUGUAUAUUUUUUGCGGUCAAAAUGAUGAUCAACUUGAUGCUAAUAUUUAUGUUAACCUAUUAAAUUAUUUCCCUGAUGGAACAUCUGCAAAAACAUUUUUACACUAUGCACAACUCGCAAAUUAUCGAAAAUUUCAACAGUAUGAUUAUCAAAAUGAAAAAGAAAAUAUAGAUCAUUAUGGUACAUUGCAACCUCCACAAUAUAAUUUGGAAAAUAUCAAGUCACCAAUGAUAAUUUUUUAUUGUCUAAAAAAUGAUCCACUUUCAACAUUUGAAGACGUCACUGAAAUAGCUAAAAGAAUUUCGAGCAGAGUUAUUGUUGAACCAGUAUCUGACGAAGAUUUUAAUCACGUUAAUUUUGUUACUGCUCGAGACGUGAAGAAAAUUUUUAAUGACAGAGUGAUUGAAUAUCUCGAUCAAUUUGCAAAAGGAAAAAUUAUUUUUUAAAAUAUUUAUAUCUUAGUAAUCAAUGUACAUAUUAAUUGUAAAAUAAAUUAUUUAAAAAAAAUUGUUGUAAAAUAGUAGUGUUGUUUACGGAACAUUAAUAAUA